AGUAAGUCUCUCAAGUCAUACAAGAAGCUCAUAACUUCUACGUGCCAGUCAGAUGUUGCUAGCUUUGUGUCCCAAGGAGAAAUGAUAGCAGCAGAAGCAAAGAGCUGAGAAGAACAGACUUUUGCCCAGUUGUGGUGUGAAUUUCAGAGAAAAUUGCUGACAUCAUGAGCGAUUCCGGAAGUUUAUUUGGUGAUGUUCACAAGCCUAGUGCCAGAGCCAUCUAUGAACAGAGGAAGAAGUAUUCUAACUUCAUUGUGGCAGAUGUCUCUCAGUAUGCUGUCAAUCACCUGGUGACCUUCUCCAUUGGGGAAGAGGACGAUUUGACAUCUGUGGAGGAUGCUAUCAGAAAACUAUGCAUCAUGGAUAAGCAAGGGAAGAUCUGGGUUCAAGAGAUGUUGCUCCAGGUCAACGGAUCGGCUAUCAAGCUCCUUGACAUAAACUCAAAGGAGGAACUGGAGAACUUUGCAUUGCCAACAGUGGCUUAUUGUGAUGUUGUCUGCCCUGAGUCCCGUGCCCGAUCCUUGCUUGUACUCAUGUGCCAGGAAACAACUCAGCUCAGACCGGAUAUUCACUUCUUUGACUGUGAACAAAUUAGGGCGGAAUGGAUCCAGCAAGACAUCAGCAGUGCCCUGUUGGAUUUCAACACAGGAGGAGAUAUCCAGCGGAGGGAAGCGUUGAGAGCUGCCCAAAACAUGCUUGAUAAUCAGGAGGUCUUCUCUCAGCCUCCUAUGCAGGUUCCUUCUAGGACAAAGAUUGUUGCACCAGGGCCAAGAGAAGAUGCCAUCUUGAUAGGGGAACCUGAUCUGUCCAACAUCCCAAUAGAGCAAAAUGUGGAACUGCUGAACCGGAUUUUUGAUGAUGUGGAAGCCUUCGUGAGAAAGCUGCAGAAAUGUGCAGAAGCUUUCCGUGACCUGAACCAAUACAGGAGCUCUGCAAGAGGGCGCCUUCGAACACCAAGAGAGGGGCUCUUAACCAUCAGAGCAAAACCCCCAUCCCAAGAGGAGUUUGAAGACGCUCUGUCCAAGAUCAAAUAUUCCUUUAGCCUUCUGGCAAGGCUGAAACCCAAUAUCUCAGGCCCUAGUUCAGAGGAGCUAAUAUGUAUUCUUUUCAAACCCUUGAAGAUGAUUGUGGACGCUUCUGGGGGUGUCGAAUUUGCUUCUGAAUUGCGCAAUCCCAUGCUAACUCUAGAGGCAGUAACUUUGAUGCAAAGCUGCUUGGGAGAAUGGGAAACAGAACUGUGGCAUUCUCUGGGUGAAAACUGGACUAAGCCCAGGGUGGAUUUCCCCAGGGGCUAUGCGGCUUCCUACAACCUGACUUUCUGCAGUGGCUGGGAGCCUCCUAACCAAGAUGCUUUUGGGAGACUUUGGGAAGACCCAGUAGAGAUGCAAAACCGCCAUGAAGAACGCCGUAAUCAGCAAUCGGCCCCCACAAUUGCAGCCAAUGGGUGCAAACAUUUAGAGAAGAAAUCAGUGAUCUGCACCCACAACUUCACAGCCAGAAACAGCAAUGAACUGUCGGUGCUUCAAGGAGACAUAUUAGAGGUUCUUGAUGAUAGUAAGAAGUGGUGGAAAGCCCAGAAUUGUUAUGGUCAAGUUGGUUACGUCCCAUAUAAUAUUCUUGCUCCAAUGCUGAAUGGAGAUCAUUCCAGUAUCCAGAACGACAAGGAAAUUAUUGUAAUCCAUGAAAUCAACCCUAUAAUAACGGAGAUACCACCACCUCAACCACCAGCCAAGACCAAAAAUCUACAGCCCGAUGCUGUAAAAUGGGUGAGCACGGAGGACCUUGACGUGGACGACAGUAAGAAAGAUCACUUCACCAUGGUCAAUGAGGAGCUCGUCCUGAGGCUGGCCAACGGGACAGGUGGCGGUAGUAAGCCUCUUCACAUCCCACGUACUCUGGAUACAGAUGCCCCUUUAGACUACAAUUCAAAUUCUGAUCAAGUCCAGACCUGGUUGGAGGCCAAAGGAUUCAGUCCAAUGAUUGUCAGUGCCUUGGGAAUUCUCAAUGGCGCUCAGCUCUUUUCCUUGAAAAAGGAUGAGUUGAGAGCUAUCAACCCAGAAGAAGGUCCUCGAGUCUACAGCCAGGUUACCAUCCAGAAAGCGCUCCUAAAGGAUUCUGGGAAAAUGUCAGAGCUAGAGGCCGUGAUGGCGAGACAAAAAAGAAAAGCAGAAGGAUUGGACUAACAGAGCUCUCCUUUUGUGUGGCAGUAUGACUUUGCUAAAGAAAUGUGGAAAUGCCAGAUCUUUCUAUAGGAUCAGAAUCUACCUUGUGUAGGGUGAUCAGCGUGAAAGAAUUGGUGAUAAUUGUUACUGUGGGUGUUUUAUAUUCUUAAUUUUCUAUAAAGAAGAGAAACGUACUGGGUAUCCCCAAUUUCAUGGAGCAAUCUUCUACCACUCUCCCUAUUCCUUAGUUCUCAAUUAUUUUUAAAAUAAAGAAAAUUAUUAAGUCCUAUAGGAUCUACACUAUUCUCCAUUUUGGAACAAUUUGCUUAAUUCUCCUUGUAGAAUUAUCUCUUGAUCUCUCAGUAGGAAAAUACAAAUAUGAUAUAGUGUAUGCUAUCAUCCAUUCAAUUUUAGUUUUUUCAUUAAACAUCAGCAUGGAUUGAAGAGAUUUCCCCCCCCCCCAGUCGUAUGGCCUUGUGGACUCUGCGUGUAAAUCCACAUAAAAGCAAUAAUUUUUAUACACAGUUAGUCCAAAAACAUUGUAGAAACUGUAGUCAGAAUUCUGCCUGCAUUUUCAGUGAGUGACAUUUUGCAACUCUCAUGAACUUUUAAAGCAGAUCAUCCUGUCUAGCCAAAAUGACUCCAUCUGUCCUUUUUUAUAGGUUCCUGUGAAAUAAUAGCUGAGCAUAAAAAUAUUAAAUAAUCUAAGGAAGUGUGUGUCAUAAAAAUGAUGAAUUAUUAUUAUUAUAAGAGUUAAUUGCUCAAAAUUCAGAGGACUUUCUUGUUCACAGAACAAUACAUUUUUUGGCCACUAGGUGGCAGUCGGCAGCCUCUGUGGUCAAAACAAGCUGUUUAGCUGCAAAUAAUUUCCCUGCAAAUCAAAAAGAUUUAGCCAGAUUUUUAAGAUUUAGCCAGCUUCUUCCUAUUGUCAUGAAAGCAACUUUAUGGAGAAAAUGAACUGAAUCAGCUGCUUUGAAGGAAAAUAUGAUGUUUCAACUUCAAAAAAAAAAGACUUUAUGAUAAAAUGAGGCCAUUUGCCUUGAAACUUGCUGUGCUGAGAUUCCAUUAUAGGGUAUGUGUGUAUUUCUGUAUGUGUGUGUUAGGUAACUGUUUAAUUGGCUCUUUUUUCCACUAGUUUUCUCACAAUUUGAUGAACGUGUGUAGAACAAUGCACCAUAAUUUGAUUGCUGUGCUACUAAGGCAGUUUUUGUUAGAAGUUUCUUGAGUUCAGUUUUAUCCCUAAAUCUACUAGCAGUUCUCCACAAACUGUUUACUCCAUGCUGCCAGUAAGAUUAAUGUUUUUAUGGAAGAGAAAGAUGUGGAUGGUAGAAAACACUGUAAGCUGUUUUCCUGUAAUAAAUCUAAUGCAAGAAAUAUUUAUUUUAAGCCUAUUUAUAUAACAUUAUGAUUUCUAUUAAAACAAAUAUUAAUAUUUGUUUUUAAAAGAUUGAUUUUUAAAAGUUCUUUUUAAAAAAAAAUGAAAUUGAUUUUGAAAUCUCUCUCUGAAACGAGGUCCCUAGUUAAGUGGCCCAUUAAGCCAAAUGGGUUUUUGAGCAGCAUGUAAAUCUCCCAGGAAAUAACAUUUUAAACAGCAUUUUUAAAGCCAGAAAUUUUGUUUUCUGGCUGCUUUGCAGGAGAACAUCAUUGUAGAAGGACUACGAAUCAAUCCCAAGAUCAUCUAUUCCUCAUGGGGGCACUGAUGAAUCCAAUACAGGUAGUCCUCGACUUACAACAGUUAACUUAGUAACCAAAGUUACAACUGCACUGGAAAAAAGUGAC